CUCUCCUUUCUCUCUUCUCUCUUCUCUCCGAACUCUCAACUGAAAAAACCUCCAGAGAAGCUAAUAAUCUCAGACCUUCUUCUUGCUCCACUCCUUGAAGGUUUCAGGGCACUUGUACCUGUUGAAUUACACAAUCUCAUGGCACCCUCGUUUGUCUCGGAUGCCAGUCUUGACUCGAGUCGCAAGAAACGUCGAAAGCUCAAGGAUGAUCGGAACCCGGCUGCAACUACUCAAGUGAGAUGGAGAUCCGAUAACGAGCAGCGGAUCUAUUCAACUAAGCUGGUGGAGGCACUCCAGAAGGUUCGCCAGGGAUCAAUAUCAUCGCUUACGACGGCCGUCUCGGGCGGGAAAACUGUGAAGGAGGCAGCUGACAGGGUUCUGGCCGUGGCAGCGAAAGGUACGACUAGGUGGAGCAGGGCGAUUCUGUCGAGUCGACUCAGGCUGAGCAGGAGGCUUCAGAAGCGCAGGAAGGCAAGGAUGACCGGGGACAGCCGGUGUAAGAGAGCGGACGUGACGAGGGAGAGGAGGAUGCCGGCUGUGCAGAGGAAAGUUAAGGUUCUUAGCCGGUUGAUUCCCGGUUGCAGGAAGGCUCCGUUGCCGAACCUUCUAGAAGAAACAACUGAUUACAUAGCGGCGCUGGAGAUGCAGGUUCGAGCUAUGACGGUUCUGACGGAACUUCUCUCCGGUGCUCCAGCGGCUAGUCGUCUCAACUCCACCAGUUGACACUAUUGAAUAACAUGCCGGCCACCUCGGCUUAUUCUGCCAGGUGUUUUUUCUUUUUGGAGGGGGGGGGGCCUUAUGUAAUUUCGAUAAGUAUUCUAUAUUUAUGAAAUUUUUAAUUCAUGUAUCUUAUUGUGUAUAGUAGGCUUUACUUUCUUCUCAA